CACGUCUAUGGUAUGAGAUGUUUAACUAAAACGUAGCCGGAAGUGAAAGCAAAGACAACCACUACUGAAAAUGAUUACCUGAAAAUUCUACUGUUGCAAUGUUUAUCCAUCUAACAAUGCGCUAUCCAAAAUAUAUACUAUUAGCAGUGCUUUUGAGCUAUUUACUUUUUACAACAAGCCUUGCUGCAGAACAUUCAGUUAACCCCAAAGAAGAGAAAAUUCAGGAGAAGGAAUUAAAUUAUGAUCAGCAAGAGAGAAAGGUCAUUGAUGAUUUAAAUGAAGAAGAAAUUCACAAUAUCCAACCAAACAGUGAGAAAGUUGAUGAAAAUUAUAUAAAACCAAAAGAGAAAACUGAAGACGAAAGUGAUUUCAGUAAACAAAAAAAUGAAGUUAAAGAAACUCCAGUGGUUGAACAAGAGCUUUCAGAACAACAGACAAAUGACUCCAGAAAAGGAGUGGAAAAUGAAGUGAAAAGGUUGGACAGUGAGGAGGAAUCCAGUCAAAGUUUUUUGUCUUUUAGAAACUUUUUAAAUAAUUUAGUGAAUCCAGUGUUGGAAGAACUAGAAAAAGGAGAACCUGGAGGCAGGUCUGACAUCAGGAUGGUAAAUGAAGUCAGUCAAAAUCAGUCAGUGUCAAACAAUGCCACCAAUGCUUCUGUUCCAUUGACAGCUGAAAUCAAAAACAAAUCUGAAAAAAAGAGCAAAUUCACCUGCGUUGGAAAAAACUAUACAGCCGAGAAUGCCUCUGUGAUGAUUGUUAACAAUACUCAGUUACUUUCCAUUCUCAGCUUUGAUAACAACAACACAGAGGGAGACUGUGUUCUGGUGCUUUUUUUUGUCCCGUAUUGUAGAUUCUGUGCUGCAAUGGCCCCAAGUUUUAAUGCCUUAGCUCGUGUCUACCCUCAGCUGAACAUUAUUGCAGUAGAUGCAGCACAAUUUAGCAAUUUAAAUGCCAAGUUUGGAACUGUCUCGGUACCCAACAUCCUUCUGUUUCACCAGUCGCGGGCAGUGGUGCGAUUCAACAGCACUGAAAAGUCUUUCACAAACCUUGUAUCAUUUGUAAAAAAUUCUACAGGAUUUGAACCUAAUAUAACAGUAAACGUGACCUCCGAAGAUUUGAGUGGACCUUUACCGAGUGUUGCUAUGGAGACCACAGACUACAUGUUGCUGGUGUCAUGGCUGUUUGUGAUUUUCUGUAGUGGAUUUAUGUUCGUUCAAUCCAGCCUUGGACAGCAAUGGAUUAAUAAAGUUAACAUGCUUUGGCAGGAGCAUCAACACAUUGACUAGUCAUAUCAUAUCAAUGCAAACUAUUACAAAAUAGUAUUUGUUUCUAGCUUAAAAUAUUCUAAUUCAUUUAAAAAAUAUGAAUAUCAGUAAUGUGUUCAAAGAUUACAGUAUAUAAAAUGCAAUGUCCAAAUUUUAUUUGACAUGAAAUUGUAUUUCAUGGUAAUAUUGAAUAAAAAGAUAGAUACAUGUA